AUGGAGUUUCGUGGUGAGAGAUUUACUGUUAAUCUUUCAGAUGAUGAGGAUGAAAUUGAAUCAAGUUCAACUAUCCCAUCGAAUAAUGUCCCUUCAUUUGCAUCUGCUUUCGUCGCAGAUAUUAAAGAACGUUCUACAAAGCCACCAACAGCUCCUCAAUUAAAAACUUCAACAACAGGAUUUCCGGAACAUAAAAAGCGGAUACGAGUAUCGGCGUUCAAAAAACAAAGGGCGGCAAAUACAAAUGAAGCUGUGGCAGAUUCUCCCAAUGCGUUUGGAGUUCCUCCUUCUCAGGGACGUCCAACGGGCGCAGACGCAUCCACGCAGGAUGAUGAGUUCAGUGUCGACAAGGAAAGGAAAAGAAUAGAUGAGGAAAACAAAAUGAGAAUAGCUUCCAUGUCAAAGGAAGAAAUUGAGCAAGAACAAGAAGAAUUACUCGCUACUUUAGAUCCUUCACUAAUUCAACGACUUUUGAAGAGAGCCAAUCUUGAUGAUGGACGUGGAGAUACUGGAAUUGAUCCCCCGUCCUCGACACAAUCUCUCAGUAACGAUGAGAACAAAAUUUCACCUCAGGAAACUAAUGUUGAGGCCAUCCCUGCACCAAAACCAGAAGGCAAGCCAGUUGCGCCUCAAAAAUCAGUGAGAUUUGAAGAAGAUGAAGAGCCGGCAAAUCCCAUAGACCUAAGACCAGCAUCCGAGAUUAGUUCCAGUGUCCCAGAAAUUCCGCAACCAUCUUUACAUUUUCCAACUGCUUCAGCUGUUCCAGACUUAGAUCCGAACGACCCUUCGUUCCUCGAAAACUUACACAAAAAAUACUACCCAUCACUUCCCGCGGACCCUUCGAAGCUUGCUUGGAUGGCACCGAUACCUACACAUGGUUCUGUAGCGGAUCAAGAAUCUCCUUAUUACCCAGCAGCUGAAGCUUUGGCAGCUUCAGCUCUUCGAUAUGACUUUAGGGGUGGUUUAUUGCCGCCAAGAAUUGCAAGAGCUAUGCCAAUUACAAAAGGUCUACAUCAUCAUGGUGAGGCUCCUGAAGCAGCUGGGUAUACAAUUCCGGAAUUAGCAAGGUUAGCUCGCUCUGCAUUCCCAGCUCAAAGAUGUAUUGCAUUCCAAACUCUGGGAAGGUUUCUUUACAGGUUGGGUAGAGGUGAGUGGGGAGAUAGUGGUACUGAGAUGUCGAAGGGCUUAUGGAGGCUUGUGGAAGAGGGUAAAGUUAUCCAAAGUCUUGAAGAGGCUGCCAAUGCCGAAGGGGGGCAUCAAGGUAGCAAGGCCUAUGCGAUAGAAGCUUUAUGGCUAUGGCAGAAAGGGGGUGGACAUAUCUGGAAGGCGGAUUGA